CAUAUCUACAACAUCUCAAGUCCUCAAAAGCGAGGAACACACUAUGUCGCACCCAACUCCCUUCUCCUCAGCGCGGCUCACCUACCACGCAAUCCGCCAACCCGACGACCUAGCCCUGUUCAAAGCCAUCAACGCCGACCAAACCGGGUACCAAAAUAGCAACGCAUCCAACAUCAAGCUACCAAGCCACGCCGACGCAGAAAAAUUCAUGAAAGCAACCGCAGAAGAAAACCUCCUGGGUGCCGUAAUAUGGCUCGCGCCAGAAAACCAGCAGACCGCUGGAGAAAUCAAAGCGCGCAGAAAUGCGGGUGAAAUCGUCGAAGCGUGGGGCACGGCGAUAGGCGAACUCCACCUCUCUGCUCUUCCAGCACACCUCACGCACCACCGCUGGACGGAGCUGGGGAUUGAUAUCCUGCCUGCGUAUCAGGGGCGUGGGUAUGGUGCUGAGGCUAUUGGGUGGGCGCUUGAUUAUGCGUUUAGGAGGGCGGGGCUGCAUAGGGUGAAGAUUCGGGCGUUUGAGUGGAAUACCGGGGCUAUCCGGUUGUAUAAGAAGUUGGGGUUUACGGUGGAAGGGUCGGAGAGGGAGGCGCUGUGGUUUGAGGGUAGGUGGUGGGAUGGAGUGGAGAUGGGGAUGUUGGAGAGUGAAUGGUGGGAGAUGGAGAGGACGACGCAGAGGGGGGAGGAGGAAAGGGCUUGAGAUGUUGAGAGGCGGGACUACUGGAUUGUUUUUCCUUUUGGGCAUAUUGAAGGGUAUACUCUGCUGUGUUUAAGAUGAGGUUCACCCUAGAAAUAUACUCGAUGGACCAUGCUUGUAAGGCUGGACUUUGUCUUUGCGAGGAUAUGCCAAUGAUCCCGAUGUACACUGUUACUAUUUAUACGAAGGCCAAAAUGCAAUGAUUGUAAAGCCGGA